AGACUAGGCUGCAGACAGAGAAACAGCGAGUCACAUUUCCUUCUGAGAAAAGCAACAAAGAAUGGGAGGCAAAGCAUCAAAACAGGAAACAGCAGCAUCAAAUCUGGAAUCAGCAGCAUCAAAACCAGAAUCAACAACAUCAAAAACAACAAGCCCAGAUAUCGAAUUGGAAAAACCAUGGAGGAAAUUUGAUUGGGAGAUCACGAAACACCUUUUUCAGCACCGAAAGAAGGAAGUGCUGAAGAAACGCCUAGAAAUGUUCUCUGUGAAUCAUCCAGAUGUAAAGCACAUCAAGAUCCUGGUAGCUGGACAAGUCGGAGCAGGAAAGUCCAGUUUUAUUAAUUCUGUCAACAACGCCUUCCGAGGACGAAUGACAAGUGAAGCAAUAGUUGAUCAAAGUAGUGGCAAAAGUUUUACAAAAAAUUUGAAAUCACACAGAGUCAGAGGUGCAGAUGGUGAUUUGCCUUUUGUCUUGACUGACAUAAUGGGUUUACAACCUAAGGUAUUGGAGGGGUCUCAGCCAGAAGAUAUCAUCAAAGCCAUAUACGGACAUGUGAAGGAUGAGUACAAAUUCAAUGAAGAGGAGCCGCUCAGUCACACCAGUGAAGAUUACGUCAGUGAUCCUUUACUGUCUGAUCAAGCUUUCUGCCUGGUUUACAUUGUGGAAGCAAAUACAAUCGAAGGUGCAAGUGAUCAACUUGUUGACAAAUUGAAGAUUAUCCGCAGAAGAGUCAGUGAUAAAAGGAUUCCUCAAGUGAUCAUCAUGACUAAAGUGGAUGAAGCAUGUCCACUGGUGAAAAAUGACCUAAAGAAGGUACACACCAGCAAGAAGAUCAAAGAGAAGAUGCAAUUGUGCAGUGAGAUGAUUGGGGUGCCAAUGAACUGCAUCUUUCCAGUGAAGAACUACCAUGAUGAGAUCGACACAGAUGAUGAUGUUGAUGUUCUGAUUCUAAAGGCUUUUGACCAAAUUGUAAACUUUGCUAAUGAUAGACUGAUGAAUGCUGCUUCCAACUGACAUAAACUUUAUGCAUGCACCGAAUGCUGACAAUAUUCAUCUGCCCAAUAACAGGGAAAACAGCACAUGGAAUGCACAUUGAUGAGAUUUAACAAAAACUAUAUAUGCAUGCACAGAAGACCUUGUUCCAUAUAUGCACGCUUCAAGGCAGUCUUUCAAAAGCUUCAGUGUUAGUAAUAUCAUAUCAUGUAUUAUGAUUUAUAUUUAUUAUUACACAGUAUUCCCCAAUAACAACUGUCGUCAUUAGCCAAAUAACCACUUAAGCCAUUUUUAAAGACAUAGUAAUACAGUGGUCAGCAUCCUUUAUGUCACAGUUGAAACAAUGU